UUUGGACGAGAAACACUCAGUGUCUCCAUUGAGUGCAGCUACAGAGGAGAGUCUACAGAGAGUGAUGGGAAAUUCCUCUGCAUGGGGCAGCAGCUGUCCAGCUGUGACAAAGGUGGAGUCAAAGUUUCAUCAGAGAAAAACAGAACUGACAGAUUCUCUCUGAGUGAUGAUGCACCUGCUGGAGUCUUCACUGUGACCAUCACAGAUCUGAGAGAGGAGGAUUCUGGGACGUACUGGUGUGGGGAGGAGAGCCUUGGAUCCUCCAUCUACACUGAAGUGUAUCUGCAUGUUUCAAAAGGUCCAGGUUCCUCUGUCAUCACUGUGUGUGUCUGUGUGACUCUGCUGCUGAUUGGAGCAUCAGCACUGAUCUACUACAGACUGAAAGCACAAGGCUUCUUCUCUUCAAAUAGGACAGAUAUAUCAAACAAUGAUGGAGUUUCUCCUGUGGCCUGUGACUAUGAGGAGAUUAAUCACAGCAGACAGCAUCCUGACUCAGACUCCAACGUUUACAUGAACACUUCAUCACCCACCAACAGCUCUGAUAAGAACACAGCUGUGUGUAUCUAUUCUACUGUACAACUACCCAAAGAUGAAGGCCCUACUUACGCUACUGUGAGCUUCCAGAAAAAUCCAGAUUCUCCUAAGGAUAGCACAGUCGCUUUCAUUAAGGAGGAAUCUUCUACUCAGUAUGCCACAGUUAAGCACCACUCAAUGACCUGCUGAUUCCUGCUAGACUCAUUACUCUACAGUGCAAAUCUGCAGACUGAGGAUGGGACACAAUGCACAAGGCCAGAGAAGGUGGAUUUUGUGAAGAGUGAGACUGGAUCGCAACUUAGAAUGUAAUGUUUGGAAUUAAUUUGAGAGAUUGAAUAUCCUCAUUAUAAAGCUCCUGAGGAUUAUGACGUAGAUAUAGUCAUAUUAUUUACUAUCCGAAACCACUGUAGAAUAGAACAUCACCAUCUGAAACUUUAUAGGUAAUGCUUACAUAAUGGUAAAACCAAAUGGGUGCCUUGAACAUUCAUGAACUGGAUUAAUAGACUAUCCAGGAUGGAUACAGUCAUGAACUGGAUUAACUGAACAUCAAGGAUCAAUAAAGUUAUGAACUAGAUUAACUUGCAACCCAGAAUCUACAAGGUCAUGAACUCCGUUCACUGGUUAUCCAAGAACAAUACAGUCAAUAAUAUGUCUAACUAUCUAUUCAGGAUCAGUACAGUCAUGAACUGGAUUAACUGACUAUCCAGGAUCAGUUCAGUCAGAAAAUGGAUUAACUGACUAUCCAGGGUCAAUAGAGUCAUUAACUAGGUUAUCUGGCUACCCAGGAUCUAUACAGUCAUGAACAGGCUUAACUGACUGUCCGGGAUCAAUUCAAUCAAUAACAAUAUUAAUAGGCUAUCCAGGAUCAAUAUAAUCAUGAAAUGGAUUAACUCUCCAGGGACCAACACAGUCAUGAACUAGAUUAAUUAACUACCCAGGGAUAAACACAGUCAUUAACUAGAUUAACUGAUUAUCCAGGAACAAUACAGUCAUGAACUGGAUUAACUGACUAUCCAGAAUUAACAGAUUCACAAAAUGGAUUGACUGACUAUCCAGGAUAAAUGUAGACAUGGACAGGAUUAAGUGAUUAUCCAGGAUCAAUGCAGUCUGUAAUACAAAUAACUGACUAUCCAGGAUCAGUACAGUCAGAUUCUGGAUUUACUGAGCAUCCAGGAUCAGUGCAUGCAUUAAAUGGACCGA